AUGUCUUUCCUCUUCGGUGGUGGUGCCCCCCGCGACGCUGGCGCGAUCGACCCGGUCAAGAUGGAGAUGGCCGUCUCGGAGCUUGACAUGAUCACCGACGUCUUCAACCGCCUCGUCCACUCGUGCCACGCCAAGUGCAUCCAGCCCGACCCCAUGAAGGGCCGUUACGCCGAGGGCGAGCUCCUCAAGGGCGAGGGCGUCUGCAUCGACAGGUGUACUGCCAAGUUCUUCGAGGUCAACAAGAAGGUUGGCGAGCGCAUGCAGACCAUGGGCGGCGCCGCCCAGUCCACGGGCUCGUUUGGCCGUUAA